AUGGACUCGGUUAUAGUUAAUAGUUGUGGUUCGGUAUGGGUUUUCUACGAUAGAUCAGUUUCUUGUAAUGUAGUGGGGGAGUCGGAUCAGCAUGUGUCGGUUCAAAUUCAGUCUACUUUAUUUGUGGCUCCCGUUAUAUUUUCCUUUGCCCAUGCUAAAUGGACGGUGGUGGACCGUGCAUCGCUUUGGGCUGGGUUGCUAGAGGAUAGAUCUGUUUCACUUCCAUGGUUUGUGGUGGGUGACUUUAAUGUGAUUGUGGCAGAUGAUGAAAAGAGAGGGGGUCGUCCAUUUAGAAAUUGGGAGGGGGGUGAUUUGUUGACGUUUAUGUCCUCUGCUGGCUUGUUGGAUGCGGGUUUUUCGGGGUCCAGAUUUACAUGGUGUAAUAAUAGACAGGGUCAGGCUCGUAUUUGGAAAAGGUUAGACAGGUUGCUAUAUGAUCAACUUGCUUUGGAUUUGGGGAUUAUGUACGAGGUCCUGCACUUGGGUAGGGCUCCUUCUGAUCAUGCACCUUUAUUGAUGGCGGCGUCUUCUCGUUUGGAUAACUCGCCCAAGCCUUUUCGGUUUUUGAAUUGUUGGACGUCUCAUCAGAGUUUCCUGGAGGUCAUUCGGCAUAAUUGGCAGGUGGAUUUUAUGGGUGACCCUCUAUAUGUCCUGGCAGCUAAGCUGCGAAAGUUGAAGAAAGUGCUGCGGGAAUGGUCUAAGCAUGAAUUUGGAGAUAUUUUUGAGAUGGUUAAGGUGGCAGAGCAGGAGGUGAUACAGGCGGAAAACUGUUUUGAUGAGGACCCUUCGGUUCAGCAUCGAAUUUGUUUAAGUGAGCGGCGGGCUAGGCUGAUUCAAGCGCAGGCAAAUGAGGAUUCGUUUUGGCGGCAGAAGGCGAGAAUCAGAUGGUUAGCGGAUGGGGAUAAAAAUUCAAAAAUUUUUCAUGCAACGGUGGCUGAACGUAGGAGUAAAUCCGUUAUUCAUCGUAUUAAAUCUUCUGGCGGGGAUUGGCUUUGCAGUGAAGAGGAUAUUGGGAGAGAGGCUGUUAGUUUUUUUCAGGGCUUGUUUUCGAAUCAGUCGGGUACGAAUAAUUUUCAUGGGUUAGAUGUGAUCCCCAAAGUGGUGACGGAGCGGGACAAUGAUGAAUUAGAACGAUUCCCUUCUCUAGAGGAAGUUAAGGAAGUCGUUUUCUCCAUGGAUGCGGAUAGUGCGGCUGGUCCUGAUGGGUUCUCCGGGAAGUUUUUUGUGGUUGCUUGGGAGAUUGUUGCUGAGGAUGUUUUUGCAGCUGUUUAUCGUUUUUUUGGUGGAGCUGAGUUGCCGAAAAGUAUUGCCGCCACAUCAAUUGUUCUUGUCCCCAAAGUUAGCUCUCCUCAGGAUUUUUCGCAGUUUCGCCCAAUUAGUUUGUGCUCCUUUGUGAAUAAAAUUAUUUCUAAAUUACUGGCGAGGAGACUAGCUAAGCUGUUGCCGGUUAUUAUCUCUCCUAACCAAAGUGGUUUUGUUCAAGGUCGGCAAAUGGCCGAUAAUUUUUUAUUAGCUCAGGAGUUAAUUUCUGGCAUUCAGAGGCCUUGUCGAGGAGGUAAUGUUGUUCUCAAACUUGACAUAGCUAAGGCCUAUGACAGGGUUUCGUGGCCUUUUUUAAUGCAAGUGUUGCGUCGAUUUGGAUUUGGUGAACGGUGGAUUGAUAUGAUCUGGCGGUUGGUGUCCAAUGUGUGGUUCUCGGUGAUCAUUAAUGGAUCUCCCAAGGGGUUUUUUAAGUCGACCAGGGGAUUACGGCAGGGCGAUCCUAUCUCACCGGCACUGUUUGUUGUGGGUGCAGAGGUGUUGUCUAGGUCAUUAAAUGCUUUACUGGGUCUUCGAGCGUUUGUUCCAUUCAAAGUUCCUAGGGGUUGCCCGCCGAUUACCCAUCUGGCGUAUGCAGAUGAUGUCAUCAUUUUUUGUAGCGGUUUGAAGGCCUCUUUACAAGUAAUCCUGCGUACUUUGGAUGCCUAUUGCAGUAUAUCGAGCCAGCAGGUGAACUAUCACAAGAGUUGCUUUCUUGUUGAUCGGAAACUGCCUUUGGCGCGUAAACGGGCUAUUGCUCGGGUUACAGGUUUUCAGGAGAGGUCGUUUCCCAUUAAGUACUUGGGGUGUCCGUUGUAUGUUGGGAGGGCGAAACUGUACUUUUUCUCAGAGCUCUGCAAUUUGGUGUCGAGGCGUGUGUUAUCCUGGUCUGGUAGAUUGUUGUCGUCUGGUGGUAAGCUGGGUAACUCGGAUUUCGGCCCUCGGUUUCACUGGAUUAAAUGGGCAGCCCUGACUAAGCCUGUUGAGGAGGGAGGAGCUGGAUUGCGAUCGCUACAGUCGAUUUUUGAUGCUUUCUCUUUAAAGCUUUGGUGGUCUUUUCGCUGUAACACCUCCUUAUGGGCGUCCUUCAUGCACGCUAAGUAUCUCAGUGACAGGCUCCCGUGUCAGGCAGAUGUGGUUCGGGGGCAGUCUGGUAUCUGGAGAAGGCUGGUUGGCGUCAAAUCGUUAGCGGAUUCUCAUGUUCGCUGGGUUUUGGGCAAUGGAGCAGUGGAUUUUUGGCAUGAGAAUUGGAUGGGAUCUGGUCCGUUAUGCGAUAAGGUUGAGAUUUUUGGGACUCACUCUGUGGCGAACUUUGUUGACCAAGGUCGUUGGAAUAUUCCUAUGUUGCGUCAUUGGCUCCCUCCUGCUAUUGUGUCAUCCAUUCUGGGUAUCUCUCCUCCUGUCUCACAGCGGCCAGAUGAGAUGGUUUGGGAUUUAACCGAGUCGGGUGUGUUUUCCAUUGCAUCUGCUUAUCAGUUGGUGCGGCAGCCUGCUAUUAGGUCGGCUUUUUCUGCGGCUAUUUGGCAUGCGUUACUUCCCUCUAAAGUGUCUUUUUUCAUGUUGAGGUUGGUUGCGGCACGGCUCCCCGUCUUGGAGACGCUUCGCCGUUUUGCGGUGCAUGGCCCCUCUCGGUGCUCCUGCUGUGAAGCUCCUGCGGAAGAGACCUUAGAUCAUAUUUUUUGCAAUGGGGAUUUGCCCAAACGAGUUUGGAAUUCGUUUACAAGUGGGGUGGGUGGGCGUUCCUGUGUUUCCACGGUGCGGCAUGCGCUGGCGGUAUGGUGGCUUCAUCCCACAUCUAAUCCUUGUUUGCGGUUGAUUUUCCAAUUUCUUCCUUGUUUGGUUUGCUGGCACCUUUGGAGGGCUCGUAAUUUGAGGGUUUUUGAAGGUAAGGGAAUUUCCUCCCAUCUCAUUCAUUUGAGGGUUGUGGGGGAGCUCCGAGAUAUUCUCUCUUCCCGCUUUCCUUGCCUGGCGGGUCAUAGGUUGUCUUGGGAGGAGCUUAUUGGGUUGGCUUCUAGGUGUCGUAGAGCGAGUACGGUACGUUGGGUGAAAUGGAGGACUUCUCCUAUUCCCCUUCCCAAAUUGAAUGUUGAUGGUUGUUCGAGGGGUAAUCCUGGUACAUCUGGCGGGGGUGGUAUUUUGCGGGAUACGGCGGGGUGCUUUGUCUUUGCUUUCUCUUGCUUUUCUGGCGAUGUGACUAGUUUGCAUUCAGAACUAAGAGCUAUGCUAUAUGGGGUGAAGCUGUGUGUGCAACGCGGCAUUAUUCCUAUUCAUGUGGAGUCUGAUUCUUUGCUUUUGGUCCGGAUGGUGCGAGGGGAGCUCAGGGUUCCUUGGUUUUUGCGACGAGAGUUUGAGGAGCUGAUUGCAUUCCGGCAUCAUUUACAUGCGGUGACUCAUUGUUUUAGAGAGGUCAAUAGGGUGGCUGACAGAUUGUCUAAUGUUGGAGCAGACUCUGGCUCUGAUAGGGUGUAUGAGACGUUGGCUUUACUUCCAUUGUUGGUUAGAGGGGAUUGUCAAAUGGAUGCUUGGGGGAUGCCUAUGGUUAGAAGGGUUAGACCGUAG